ACUCCUACAACAAGGUACGGUGUAGUAGUUGGUUACUUUUCCAUCGUCAUUUGUUCAAUUUCCUCUUUCUCACCACCAAAAAUGCCAAGGGGUAGAUCCAAGAAAAGCCUUAAAACAACGGAAUCGGAAUCGGAAUCGGUAUCUAAACCCAAGAAACCUCACUUCAUGGACCACGAAAUCCAAGCAUUGGAGCGACAAAUUGGUGAGAUUAGGGCCGUUAAGGAGGUUAAAACCGAACACUUGUUAACAGAUUUGCGACUGCUUCGCUUAUGUUUCAGCGAGGAACAGCUCCAGAAACCUGUCUUAGAGAUUUUGGAACAAACUCUUCCAAAUUUGUCUCUUGUGAAUGAUAAAGGUAGUAACAAAUUUGAAGUGACAUGGAAAGAUAAAGCGUCUAUGACCACACACAGUAACCUUGGUGAUAUACAUGCUUCGUUGCUUCAAAGGUUGUCCAUGGCUUAUCCUCACUGCCCCUCUUCCAUUCCUCCUUUUGCUGGUGUCUUUGAAUAUUCUUCCGAUGCACUAGGGAGAACAAGUUUUAUUGAUGCUGGUAAUCCAUAUUUGAAGGAUUUUGUUUUGGAGGAGCCAUCUGAAGCCCCGAGUUUUGCAAUGCAAGAAGGUCUUCAGACUCCCGGCGUGAGUAGUCAGAGGAUAUCUGUUGGGAUGACGCCCAAAACACUUAGGGUUCCCAAGCCUGGCGAGAUGCUUCUCUCUGUCCAUGGAUCACCCCUAGGUGUUUACAAGGACAAUAACAUGGAAGCCAUACAUGAGCUGGAGGAGGGUUAAAUAUCUUGCAAUUCAAGAUGAAGUUUUUCAUGUUUCUAUGUGCUUUACGUUUGCUCAGUUAUAGUUCUCUUGUGUCUUGUAUUAUGCUGUUAUUUUAUGUGCGGCAUUUCACAUUGUGCUUUACGGUUGCACAUUGUUUGGAUCCGCAAAGAAAUAGAAAAGAGAACAAUAAAGUAAAAUAUAAAUAUACGAGAAAUUCUAUUUUGUUUGGAUGUAAUAAUGUAUCUAGGAAAGAGAAAAUUAUUUAUUUCACUGGUUA